AUGAAGAGCGAUUACGAUCGCUAUCUUGCUGAGUUCAAGAUCGGCGCCGAGCGCAAUGACCAGCCAACCCUAUUUGAUCUCGUUCUAACCAUUGCAACAGUGUGCAUGUUUCUUGCUGGGAAGGUUGAAGAAACUCCCAGGCCACUGAAAGAUGUCAUUCUUGUCUCGUAUGAAAUUAUUAAUAAAAAGGAUCCUACAGCAGUUCAUAAAAUCAAGCAAAAGAGAGUGUGGGAGCAGAUAUUUUCAUCUCCAAUCACGGCACGCCACGUGGAAAAGAAGAUUAUCUCUUAA